GGGGUGGUCACGCCCCUCUGCAUUUAUUAAAACCACUACUCUAUACAAGUUUGCAGCGACAACUUUACAAGCGCACGCGUUUCGAAAGUUUGACCAAGGCUCUACGUUCGCGGUCUCGGCACUCGGAGCACCUGAGUCAACGAUGGGCUUGAAUAUGCAGUAUAAGGGUCUCAGCUACACCACAGCUGUCAUCGCCAUCUUGGGGGUGGCGCCGUGGGGAGUGUUCUUGGGCGGCGUGGCCAAGGCAACGACUGAGCUUGAUGGCAAGCUCAUCAAGCAGGCCGAGGUCAUGCUUGAGUGGUACAUCGUGGCUGCCCAGAUCGUGUACAUGGUGGCCAUCGCCGCCGUUGGCUUCGCUGGUCAGCUCCGCCGCUGCGACUCGCUUUUCAACAAUUUCCUGGCGGUGAACACAUUCCUGCUGAUCUAUCGUGCCACGAUUCGCAUCAACCAGGCCCAGUCCCUCAAGGACGACAACAUCUACGUGUCAGACUGGCUGCACCUGCCAUACGUCCGUGCACUUGCUGCCGGGCAGGUUUCCUGCGCCGCUUGGAACCUAUUCCUAGCUAUCUUCCUGGGCCUUGCUGGCUCCACGCCUGAGCCCACUAAUUAAGCUGUGUGACGCUGACACGGCAUGGCGCCCUGAGCAUGAUAUUCAUGCAUAUGGAUAAGUAGUGCGGUGUUUGGCGCGUUGGCACUUUGUGCGAUAGUCAGUAUAGCAUUGGCGGGCUACAGCUGGAGUUCUAUUCUUCCGAGCUCAACGUACGGAUCCCACAGAACCUCCAGAGAGGUAGUAUGGCGGUUGCUACCGCAAAGGAGUCCUGGACCUGCUGUAGCCACGGUGCGUUGGUGUUUACAUGCAGUGGAUUUGGCGCUCCUGACAAAGUGCUUGGGGUUUGGGUGCGCUGCGGUAUUGCCUUCUGAGGAUGUAAUGCAUUCAGACAUUCAGUGAAGCCGUGGUCAGCCGUGGUGAAGUAAGCCUUCAAGAAUCUGGACGGCAGAGCCGUGGACGCUGGUCGCCUGCGUGCAGGUGCGCUGCUCCUCUGCUUCACGCGUGUGGGUGGCGGUGUGUGUGUCUGGUGCUAUCGCCUUGCUGGGCGCCCGGAGCGUGAGAAAAUAUUGACUUCUCCGGAGCGAAGUAUGAGCGUCACGACGAUAAGUGGGUUAUUGACGUGCUUGAAAAACGCAACACGCACAAGCGAACAUGACGUUGUAGAGAAGUGGGUAUGGCUGGCACGGAGUGCCGUACGAGGCGCUAUUGCGCCUCCAAGUAGCGCAGCUGCUGCUGGUAGCAGCAUCUGCCGUUUGUCUCUUUCUAUCUUACAGAAUUGUUAUGCCGUGUUCUUGCUUUUAUGGCUGAAGUGAAUACUUCCCGCCCACCCACCCUUGAUCUGCCGGUAGGAGGCAACUGAGAGACGCCUAACGGCCACUAGGUCAAAGUGAACUUGGGGUUUCGGGUUUCAGCACCGACUGUGGGGCUUGCCUGCUUGCUUUGUUGCUUGUAGCGUUGAGGAGUGAGAACGCGCAUCAGCAAACUAUAGCAC